GGGGGAGAGAGAGAGAGAGAGAAAGCAGAGGAGAGAUUCCCAGGGGCAGUGCAGAGCCAAUACAGGAGGAAGGGAGAGCUCUCACUCACACACACACUGAGCAAUGGGAUCCUGCGUGGGGAUUGUUGUGACCCAGAAAUUGCUCCACAUCUGCAAGUAAAGGGCUGAGAGCGGGCGGCGGGGCGGAGGGACGGGCGGCCGGAGCAGCAGUGACUCGGCGAAUUGCAGCGCACGGAUAACAGGAAGGGGAUGAAUAAUGAUUUGAUUUCUCCGCCGAGCUCCGGUCUGACUGCCGCCCGGCUGGGAGGAUGCAAAGAGCGGACAGGACUGCCGGAUAAGGGAGAAGCCGUAAAUGCAAAUGUUGGCACCUGCAAGCAAAACUUUCCACACAAGACAGUUACAAAGUUGCUGGGCAAGUUUUUCAGUGGAAAGUAGCUGGAAUGGCGGGAAGAAGAAAGCAUGAGAAUGGUGUGACCCAACUGGAAAGGUACUGAAGAACCCCUCCCUGGCAAUCGAGACACAGCCCAAACCACUGGAGAGGGACCUUCCCAGUACUGGAGUAGGAGGGUUGGCCAGUUUCAAGUGAUCAUUUGAAUGGAGAGUGAAGACAGUGCUGAGAGAUGGUAGUGCGAGAUGUCCGGGGACUAUGAAGAGGAUCUUUGCCGCAGCACUAUGAUGCUGAUGAGGGAGCUAUGCUCUAGCAUGCAAAGCUACGCUGAGAAUGAAAAAUGUCUGGAAUUUUACGACUUGUUGCGAAGCCAAGGGAUGACACACAUCAGAAACACAGAUGUGUCCGUCAGCCUGCUGUCAGUUAUUGUCACCUUCUGCGGGAUUGUUUUAUUAGGAGUCUCACUCUUUGUUUCCUGGAAGUUGUGUUGGAUUCCAUGGAGGGACAAAGGUUCUUCACAGACACAACGCAAAGAUCAUGGACAUCAUGGCCAUCUCCAUCACUCUCACUAUGGGGACUUGCUAGCAGACCGUGUGGAGCUUGGACCUGAGAUGCCUGAACGUUCCUAUUUAGAUAUGGACUCCUACCCAGAAACCAACAUUAAAAUUAGUCAGACAUCUCCUGACAUACCUGUGGAUAGCCAACCGCCCAAGGAAUCUCAGAUUCCAUAUGCUCAGUCUCACCAGCAAGUGGCAAAUAUAGCCCCGGCAAAUGUAGCCCCGGCAAAUGUAGCCCCGGCAAAUGUAGCCCCAGCCAACAGGUAUAGUACUCUGCCCAGACCCAUGACCCAACAGUUGUCUAGUCCUGAUUUUUCAGGUCAUGUGGAUGAAAAGCCAGAACAAGCCACCAGCAUUGGACAGAUAAAGCCGGAGUUGUACAAGCAGCGCUCGGCCGAUGCAGAGAUGAAGAAGCAGGAGGCCACCAGCUGUGGCCGUAUCAGUUUCAUUCUUCGCUAUGCCUACAACUCUGAGCAGCUAGUGGUAAAGAUCCUGAAGGCAUUAGAACUACCAGCAAAGGAUGCAAAUGGUUUCUCAGACCCCUAUGUAAAGAUGUAUCUGCUGCCUGAUCGCAAGAAAAAGUUCCAGACCAAGGUUCACCGCAAGACACUUAACCCAAUCUUUAAUGAGACAUUCCAUUUCAAUGUGCCCUUUAAUGAACUGCAGAAUCGCAAAUUGCACUUCAGUAUCUAUGACUUUGAUCGCUUCUCCCGUCACGACCUUAUCGGACAAGUGGUGCUUGAUAACCUGCUAGAGUUUUCAAAUGCUACAGAUGAGACUCCCAUUUGGAGAGACAUCUUGGAGGCCAGUUCUGAGAAAGCAGAUCUGGGUGAGAUAAACUUCUCUCUGUGUUACCUCCCAACUGCCGGUCGCCUCACUGCUACCAUCAUUAAAGCAACGAACCUGAAAGCUAUGGAUCUGACAGGAUUCUCCGAUCCUUACGUAAAAGCCUCUCUCAUCUGCGAGGGAAGGAGACUGAAGAAAAGGAAAACAUCAAUAAAAAAGAACACACUAAACCCAACCUACAACGAGGCCCUUGUCUUUGACAUUCCCAAUGAGAAUAUGGACCACGUAAGCCUCACCAUUGCUGUUAUGGACUAUGAUUGUAUAGGGCACAACGAGGUGAUUGGAAUGUGCCGAGUGGGAAGCGACGCUGAUAUGCAGGGCAGAGAACACUGGAAUGAGAUGUUGGCAAACCCCAGAAAACCCAUAGAGCACUGGCAUCAACUGGUAGAGGAGAAAGCAUUAAACAGUUUUAUGACUAAAUCGCCCCCGCCUCGAGACAAACCAAGCAUAGUAGUGGACAAUACACAGUCUGACUAGGAGCUUUUUCUAUCUAAGUAGAGAGAAACGGAUCAGAAGAGCUGUCGUCAAGUCACAUGCGUCACUCUGUCUAUUUCCUCUUCAUUUUAUAGUUUUCAUGAGGAGGGGGAAAGACUCCUGGAGACGAAGUAAAGAAGAAAAGGCUAUAUGAUGCACCAGAUUAUUGCAGAUGCAUUUUGAUUUUCCAAAAAAAGCCAUAGAGUACUCAUGUACAUAUUGGUCAAUCUUUAGCAGUUCAUGGUGAACAUGGAAGACCUUUAUUGGACACUGUUAUUUCAGAGAGGACAAUGAUGGACUGUUAGUCACCAUAUCAAACUCCAGCAAUGCACUAAACACAGCAUGGAUAAUGCAAUGAAGAAGGUUCUCCAGAGCCGCUCUAAAUCUCUAGGUGCAAGAACUUUGAGCAGCGUUAGGAGGAAAAUCCGUCUGAGUGAUUUGCAUGUUAUGGAAAAGUAUCUCUGCUCAGUCUCAUUUUACCUCCCUGGGCAGGAGAAGCAGUGCUUGGCUUCAGAAAUAUUUCCAUCAUGGUCUUACUAUCACCCCCUAUUUAGACGGCUCAGUGAUAAGGAAAUGUCCCCUGCACCAUUUGAGUGACUUCCAGUGUUAAAACCACGAGGUUGGUGGAAUGAUGGAUUCACGAACACUGCUCUCAAGAACUCAUUUACAGAGGAGGCUGGUGGUACAGGGAGGAUGAUGGUACAGGGAGAUUUUACUGCAAAGGAUCUGAUUAUGAUGAAUCAGCGGACAGCAAAAUAACUUCUACGACCCUAUCCUCUGGAAGCAAAGAAAUAGGCACUUUUAUGUUGACUGUCUUUCUAUUGUAAUAUUGUACAUUCUGUGUGUGUGCGUGAGAUUGAAAACAAUGUCCAUUUGAGUGGUACUUGAUGGUUUCCCUUCUUCCUAUACAACGUUAAAUAUAACAUUGUUAUUAAGGUGAGUGAGAGUUCCGAGUACAAUCACUUGUUACAUGUUUAUGGUGUUGAUCGUGACCAUCUGAAGGAAUCUGUCUUUCAGCUUAAAUACUGAGCUGGCACGCAAGCAAAACUCUCCUGAAGGAGUGGAGAUGCUACGGACGGCCAGUUUGCGGUCAUUAAAACAAUGAGAAUGAGCAUGAGAAGAUCAGGGCACUUGGAUUUAAUUGGCACUUUUCUAGUAAGAGAAGAUCAAGGAGAAUGUUUCUUGGUAGAAACAGAUUGUUGCCUUCCAGUACUCGUUUUUUAUUAUGCCAAGAAUAAAGGGAACAUAUAUCAGAAUAAAAGUAGCCAUGCCGAAACCUCAUCUGAAAAAAAGAGCAGGUAUGCGGGGGUUGUGCUUGUACAAUGGCCACUGUGUCGUUAUUUUGCUCCUGGUUUCUGCCUUCUGUAGACACAUUUGAAGUUCUAAAAGAUAUACUGUACGUCUCAACCACCGCAUUUGCUUAAAAAGCCGAAUGUGUUCUAUCAAAGCCACUUCAUUAGAAGACAUAAUGGUGUCUUAAUAUUUUCCCAGGGUCGAGCAUUCCCAGAUCUUUCAAUUCUUCUUUUUUUUCUUAAUUUAUAAAAGAUUCUCUAAUUUUUAUACAUGCAAAAAUAUUAAAACCAAGAUUUGAAUUCAUUUUUAUAAACACUCCUUUCAAAAAUCUGGAAAUGUUCAAUGUGGCGACAUAAAUACGAUCCAAAAAUUCUAAAUUUAGGUUUAAGAAAUGUAUCACAAAUAUUUAUUUCAUUAAAAAAAAAUACAAUAUGAAUAUAUACUUUUUUUUCACUCCUAAGGGGUGACGUUAAUUCAACCCCUGGUCAUUUCUAAAUGUUCCUUUCCUACAAUUGAAUAGACUGGGGAUUGCAUGGAAUUCAUAGCAUGCUUUAAAGUUUCACAGGGAGUUCUCAGUUCCUUAGGAAACCCACCAAUCGCCUUUCUCUAGGAAGUGGAGGGGGAAAACAAUGUAAUAAAGGAAAUUUGAAGGUGAUUCAUUGAAAAUGAAACAUUUAAGGACACUUGAACCAAAUGCACGUCUGUAAUUUGUUGGGGGGAAAAAAAACAUAACAUUUGUUUGUUUUUAGUGUGUGAGAAAAUGCUCAUUUUUAACAGUUGCCAUCUGCAAAGCCAUACCAAAAAUUCAAAAAACUACAAAAAAAUAAUAAAAAAGUGAAAUUAAAAAUCAAAA